GGCGCCAUCUGAAGCUCACGUUCCCGCUCUCCGUCUCUUCUUCUUCGCUCCAUUUUCUCUCAUCAGUCAUCAUCGAAAACCUAAUUUCAGGGAUCAGUUCACCGAUCCAUCCUGUGCGAUCAGAUAUGGAUACUUCAAGCCCUGCGGCUUUUGUGAAUGGAGCCCUGCUGAGGCGUUACAUAGGUCAGAAGGUCCGAGCAGUCGUACAAGUCAUACGGUCUGAUGUCGGAUCUGUGGUCGGGAAAUCGACCGAUGAUCAGCAGAUCAUCGCUAGGGGUUCGCCUCCUGCGCCUCUUACUACCUACCUAGAGGUCAUUGGAAUUGCAGAGAGUGAUAAUGCCAUUAGAGCUGAAAUAUGGACCAACUUUGGUGACAAUUUCGAUACAAACAACUACAAUGAGCUGUGUAAGCUUGCAAAUGGAGAGUUCAAGGACUUGUUCAUCUAACGAUGAAAUGAUCAGUGAGCGGAUUACGAUAUAAUCAGCGCUUAAUCUGUACAAGUUCUUGCUGGAAAAAACUCAUGUUUCCUCAUUCUUCUGUCAAUGUUAAUCUUCUUCCUCCUAUCCGUACUUUGCUUGAAGAGUUUCUGUUCUUUUUGUUUUGUUUUCUCUUUGCCUUUUGUCCUUGCCAUGGUUUCCAUGGUUGGUCUUUGUCUUUGUUUUGGUGUAAAAAUGUCUAGCGUCCACUUAUUUUGCAAUAUAAUGUAUUUUAAUUUGGACA